AUGGACUCUAAAAUCGGAGAUUAUGACGCCGUCAGGAAGGAUAUCAUUGAAGCUAUCCCUGCAGAAAGAUACGAUAAAGGCACUUUUGGUCCAUCGAUGAUCCGCCUUGCCUGGCAUUCCUGCGCAACUUACAACAGACACCAAAAUAACGGCGGUAGUCAAGGCGGAACAAUGCGAUUUGAAGAACAAUAUUCUGACACCGCUAACAAAGGACUGGAGAACGGUAGAAAUGCUUUGCAGCCUGUUCAUGAUAAGCAUCCUUGGUUGACAUAUGCAGAUCUUUACACUCUAGGAGGUUGUGUCGCUGUCGAACAAAUGGGUGGCCCCCAUAUCCCUUGGUCUGGCGGUAGAUUUGAUACAGACGAUAUAGAAGAUAUCCCACCUCGCAACCGCUUACCAGAUGGCCAUCUAAAUAAAGGCCAUAUCAUUGAUGUGUUUUUAGACAGAUUAGGCUUCACUGUGCAAGAGACGGUUGCUCUUAUUGGUGCUCAUGCUGUAGGUGAAUGCCAUAAAAGCCAUCAAGGAUUUGACGGCCCGUGGACACAUAAUCAGACAGAGUUUACAAACAAUUUCUACAAGAUGCUUCUAGAGCGUACCUGGAAAGAGAAAGUAUGGGAUGGACCCAGGCAGUUUGAAGACGAAGAAACGCAUUCAUUGAUGAUGCUGCCUACAGAUAUGGCCUUUCUUAAAGAACCAUUCAGACCCUACGUCGAGCUUUAUGCUGAAGAUCAAGACAGGUUUUUUGAGGAUUUUAAAAAUGCAUUUGUCAAACUCAUAUCGUUGGGAACAUCACGUAAACGGGGAGAAAAAAAUAAACUUUUGGUAGAGUGUUGCGGUAGAUAA